AUGGGCCAUGAUAAUAUCACGAGGCUCGCGAGUCUACUCGUAAAGCUACACAGAGCUCCAUCGGGUUGGCUCUGUCUCCAUCCUAGACCGGACCGAUCCAUCGGAAACCAACGACGGAUCAAGCUCGUAAGAUCCGACGGUUCCUCCGAGCUCUACGACCGUCCCGUGGUGGUCUCGGAGCUCACAAGAGAUUUCCCAAAGCACAAAAUCUGUAGAUCGGACUUGCUCUACAUCGGACAGAAGACCCCUGUUCUGUCUGAAACCGACACGCUUAAGCUCGGACUCAGUUACUUCCUCCUCCCUUCUGACUUCUUCCAGAACGAUCUCUCGUUCCUCACCAUCGCCGCCUUGAAAUCACCUCAAAACGGAGGCGUUUCGGUCAGAAAAUCCGUCGGGACUCAUCAGCAGCCUUUUUUUAUACAGAAGGGACAAACGGGGGAGAGGCUGAGGAUCCGAGUGUCUGAAGAUUUCAUGUCGGAAUUGAUGAUGGACGGAAGAAAAAGCAGAGAAACCGAAAAGGAAGAUGGAGACGAAGAAGGAGGAGGAGGAAGAGAGAGCGAAGGGAGAGUUUGUACGACGGUGAAAUUGAAGAAGGAUUAUCUUCAGUUGGUUGGUCUGCGUAAAUGGAAGCCGAAGCUUGAGACGAUAAGGGAGACGAAGGCGAUGAAAGCGACGGUGGAGAAGAAGAAGAAGAAGAGAAAGAAGUUUCCUGCGAUGAAGAAGAGAUCAUGCAACGAUUCUUCUCAAACUGAUUCAUGUGCGAAGCGUAAGCUUCCUUCCAAGUUCAAGUCCAAAACUAGUAAAGCUGUCCUGAGAAAAUUAGCUUAA